AUGCGACAAUUUGAAUUUAAUUAUGGAUUCAUUGAAUCAAAUUUAAUAAAUAGAAAACAAAAUCCUGACAAUAUUAUCAGAUGGUGCUUGAACAAUCAAAACAAUUCUAUAGCACAAAGUGUUCUUGCAAGUCCACGAAAUCUUGUGGUAGCAAAUGUUUCUCUUGGUUCAUACAUAAAGUAUGAGAAUAGUGAUGAAUGA